UUGUUCUCUGUAUCCACCGAUGCCUUCUGAAUGUAUGUCAAAUGCCUUUGCUUAACAGCAAGGAGGAAGGAUUUUUCGUGUAGGCAAUGUGAGGAGACGCGUGGGUGUAUUUCAGCCACACAUCCUCUGACUAAGAGAUCAAAAAUAGUUUUUAAAGGCAUAAUAACAACUGUUACCCAAAUGCAACGUCAUUUUCACUGGUGUAAGCUAACUAGGCAACAUUGCAUGCCAUUAUGUUGGAUUUAAAUCCUCCAAUAGGCUACUUAACUACCAGAGUCUGUAACUAUUUCACAAUUACAUCCCUCAGUCUUGCGCGUUUGGUACAGGCCUACCACUAAUGUUUACCUUACUUUUCAUAACCUCAAAUGUGCAUGACUUGAAGAUAACCUAUUCUUCCGGGGAAGUGGUCCUCACCAAAGUUGCCGGUAAUAUCAAGCUCCCCCGCUGUCUGGACUCUGGAGGUAUGAAGCGUUGGGGAGGCGGAGUGCAUCGCACGUGUCCAGUCUAUUAUAUCUAGCCCUCCGUGAAACUCUAUACAGAACUGAAAUAGACCGCGCGAGUCCCCUGCGCCAGAAGAAGGCUACUUUUCUUUUCUUUAUGCUCGCCUGGAAGAAGGACGAAGGACAUUUCCAUUCAAUCUGCACGCUGGAUACUUUUUUUUCGUUUGGCUUGGUUGGGGUUUUGUCACGAGUAAUUAAAUGUAUGAGGGAACUUUGUACCGAGUCUUUUUCUGUUUGGUGUCCUUAGGGGUUGUUGAUGCGUACCCGUGCUCGGGUGCUCUGACGGUCAGCUCAUCAAGGGUUGUUGUGAAAUAUGGGGAUCCCGUGGAGGUGAACUGCACUGCCAACGUCCACCACUAUGGGAUGGGAUGGGAAGCUACGAUUGGGAGCAAACCCAUGGAUGAGGAUGUACAGGUGAUGGUGUGGUCAAUUUACCGGGUGUGGGACUGGGAAGUUGAAACGAGAUGCUAUGUCAACCUCGAGGAUGGAGAAACCCAGUGCAUUGAGGAGGUUGCUGUCGUUGUGUACAAGGAUUUGACCUUUGCACCCACGCUGUCAGUCAAUCACCACGGACCGCUGGCAGAGGGGGCAACCUAUCUGCUUCAGUGUCACGUCCGGGACGUGGCGCCUGCCCGCUACCUGGACGUGACGUGGUACAAAGGGGACGCAGUGAUGCCGUCCGCCAACCCCUUGCACAGCAGCUACCCGUCCUCCCCAUCCAACGUGACGGCGUCCCUCUGGAUCACCCCGAUGCGGGAGGACAACGGGGCCCAGUUCCGGUGCGAAGCCGGCCUGAGGCUGGGAGAGGGCGGACCCCAACCCCCUCCGCCGAGAAUGGCGUCCGCCAGUCUGGGCAUCACUGUGCAUUAUGGUCCGGUAUUAUAUAACUGCUCUAAUGGCGAGUUACAUGUACCAGAGGGGGAAACACUGGAAAGCUAUUGUACUGCCCAUGGCAAUCCCUCGCCAACUGUGACCUGGCGACAAUAUCGAAACGGUGACCUGGUUGACCCCCGGCAGCCUUUGAGCAGAGCGGACCGUGGCAAGUACAGCUACUCAGUUACCGGAGGAGUGCAGUCGAAACACUUGCUGCUUACCAUCGAAGUGUUGUAUGGUCCAGAAAUUCUAUGUCGCAGCAACUUCAGUGUUGAGGAGUACAAGCGUUAUGAGCCGCCGUGUGCGGUGGUGGGUUUCCCUCCACCUGACGUCCAGUGGUUUAAAGAGGGUGAGGAGGUCGUCUUGCCAGAGAGACUCUCCAGAGCUGACCAAGGGAGGUAUUACAUCCUGGCAGGCAGUAAGCAUGGAGUCGCAGACCACUGGCUCGAACUCAGAGUCCUCUAUCCCCCCACACCAAUUGUGGAGCUUGAGGACACGGAGGUGUACGCCUUGGGGUUUGACGCCACACUGAAAUGCUCCUCCACCGGAGACCCUCGGCCACAGUACAGGUGGAGCUACUUUCAGGAGGAGAACGUCAGGGUGAACACCGAGGACGGGGUGUCUUUACUGCACAUUAAUAGAGUAAGCGGACUAAACAUCGGAACAUACACCUGCUGUGCAUUCAAUCGCCUUGGAGAGGUGUGCAGAGCUGUCCGAGUAACUGUGAGAGGAGUACAGGCGUCAUGUCCCAUAAAGUUUUCAAGCGCCGGCCAAUCAGUGGAGAAAUUAGUGGUUGAAUAUGACAAUAAUGUUUCCGUCAACUGCGAUGCCAAAGGACACACAAAGAAACAGUGGAUAAGUCCAGAGGCUGCAUGGACUGAAAAAACCAUAACAGACUGGAAUAUUCAACCUGUUUGCGAGGCAGAGUUUGAGGGCCUUGCGCCUUGUGAUAAGCCACUACAGUUGAUUCUUUACAAAUCACCAAAGAGUGUAUCCCUCAAUGUCCCGAGCUAUUCUGGUGGACCUCUAGUUAACAAUGAAAACUACACACUUCUGUGUGAGGUUCAGGACGUCGCCCCAGUGAAGAACCUUGUCAUCACUUGGUACAGACAGCGGCUUAAUAGUUCAGUAAGAAUAGACACCUUUCAGAACAACGACAUCAGGACGCCUCAGGACGUGAACUCCACCCUUGUCAUCAAUGCUACCAGAUUGGAAGAUGGAGCAAGGUACUGGUGCGAGGCUAAGCUGGACCUAGGGGAAGAGACACCCAAGCCUAUGAGGUCAAGACUCUUUCAUGCCAUUGUGCACUACGCACCGGUUAUUACUCAGCCCAAUGCCAGCGUGGUGCCCGUGUUCCGUGACUACCAGGAGGUGUUGGUGUGCGAAGCGGAGGGAAACCCCAAGCCUACAAUCACCUGGAGCUUCCACAACAAGACAGUGUACGGCGGUAACCUGACUAUCAACAUGGACAUGGUCGGGGAGAUCACUUGCCUGGCAGUCAACAACGUCAACCACACGAUCAAAAGAGUGCAGCUGGUGUUCAAAGGUGUGGCAGCCUCCGAAUGUCCGGUUGAGAUCAGUCCCCCCUCUCUGGUGGUGAGGUAUGGAGAGUCAGCUCUGGCCACCUGCCAUGCUCUCGUACCCAUCGAAGGGAUGGGCUGGGAGUCUACAGUGGGGCCGGUGAACAUGGAGGAAGGAGUUGAACGCCUCAACUGGACGGUGGAGGAGUUAAGAGAGUGGACAGUGGGGCCACUAUGUUACAUCAACCCCAAAGACAGAGACCAGUGUUUCGAAAAACUCCCUGUUCUCGUUUAUCAAAUGCCAGAGAGUGUCACCCUGACUGUAAGUGGCGCUGAGUCCAAGUACACGGAGAGGUCGUACAACCUUUUCUGCAAGGUCGAAAACUUUGCUCCGGCCGAGAACGUGACGGUGAGGUGGUUCAAAGGAGACACGCUGGUCAAGCAAAGCAGCGAGAAGCAAGACGACCCGGCUAAAGUGGGCCCACGGAACCGCACCUUUGAAAUGACCACGUCCUUCCAGCCGUCUGAUGACGGCGUUGAAUUCCACUGUGAAGUCGGACUGGACCUGACCCCUGAUCCAGUGAUGAAGUCGCAAGCGGUCCGCAUCACUGUACACUAUGCCCCGAAACAUGAGUGGACUGAGGAGCCGCUGCUGUUGGACGCGGACACCGUGUUGGACUGCACAGCCAAUGGGAACCCAGAUCCCGUCUACGAGUGGACGUCCACAUCCGUGACGGAGAAGUUGGAUGGCCGGCCGGUCCAUAAAGUCACGACGGCCGGGAAUUACACCUGCACUGCCUCAAAUGGGCUCGGGAGCAGUGUAAAACACUUCACAGUGCUCUCCAAAUCCGCAGGCACGUUCUGGAUCAUCAUUGGUGUUGGUGUGGCCGUGGCUCUGCUGCUUAUCAUCGGCUACACCGUCUUCAAGUGCAGAGGCGGCGGCAACGACGUCAUCUAACCAGAAGAGAAAAGACAACCAGUACCUCAGAUGCCAAAGACAUCCUAAUCUGACCACUCUCCUUAAACAUGCACACGCACACGCACACGCACACACACACACACACACACACACACACACACACACACACACACACACACACACACACAGACACACAGACACACAGUACACUUCAAAGUACACACAAACACACAAGUGUCCUACCCACAGAUAUAAACACACAAAUACACACACACACUCCCCCCGCCCCCUUCUCUUACACACAUACACACACACACACACACACACACACACACACACACACACACACACACACACACACACACACACACACACACACACACACACACACACAUACACAAACCGAAUGCUUGAAACGCGUGUUUUGGACUUUAAAUUUUGCCUUUAUUGUGUUGUUGUGCGAAGCGUAUAUAUGCAUGGCUUUAGAUGUGUGUAUGUGUAAAUGUAUGUGAGUAGUGUUGGCCUGACCGGAGUGUAGGGGUCAGGGCUUGACGCUAACUUUUGUGCUCACCGGCCACUGUGGCUAGUGGUUUUCCGGAAUCACUAGCUAUUUAGCCUGUCUGCUAGCCAGAAUUUUGUUCAAAUCAAAGAAUAAGUUACCUGUCAAAAUGGCUGGUGAGACUGAAAUUGUUACUAGCCACAGCCAAGUUUUACCAGUAUUUGGCCGGUUUUCAGGUGCCAGUGUCAAGACCUGGUAGGGGUGAAGUUAUGGGUGCAGCUGAGGGUGAGGGUGGGUGAGGUGUGGGCAUGGUGUUAUGUGUUGUGGGCAUGAGGGCAGUUGGACGCCGGGAAUGCAGCAAUGCACUGAUAUCAUGCUACAAAUAGAAGCCAGCAUUCAGUUAGUCAGCAGCUUGUCUUCCUGUUUUGCUUCAGUGUUGGCCUUCUUUUUAAAAGUCAUAAGACUGCACUGACUUAAACUUUGGCACAUGCUGUGUGCCGUGUCGCCUUGCCAUUGGACUUUGUAUCUUGUUACGUAUAAAAGUUGUUGUGAGGUUGUUUGUGUUCGAAAGCAUUUUAUCAAUGUUUGUCAAAAUCAUAAUAAUUUCAGAAGCAUUUCCGAAUAUUCAAAAUAACAGUAUGGAGACUACUCACUGUGCCUUGUAAUUUACAAUGUUAAAGUUUUUAAAGCUAAACUCUAAUGACUGUUUUGUAGAAUAGAAGGUAUUUUAUAGCUUUACUGUCUGUUACACUCAUGUAUCUCAAGCCAACCAAAGUAACCCCAUUUGUGCUGUGGUACACAUUUUAUUGUCUGAUUUGUUUUAUAUUCACAUUUUAAUUCAAGCGGACAGACUCAGGUGAACAUUUUGACCAUCCUAAUCAUUGUCAUACAUUCUACUCACGGUUAUCGAGCACAUUGCAUUUAUUGAUUUAUUUCUAACAGACCCUCGGUCCGACUCUCAGCUCAGUCACUGACUAGUUUUAUUUUUUUAAUUAUGUACCUAAGCUUGUUACUUGACAGUUUUCUGGUAACACUGUAUUUUAGGGAUACAUCUAUUAGCACUAAUGCCUGCAUAAGUAACUUGCAAGGCAUGUACUAAGCAAACGCUAAGGCCUACUAGGUCCUUACUAAGGUUAAAUUGGUAAUAAAUCCCUUAUUGUGCAUGAACAAGACAUUUGCGAAUACAUGCCUAACCAAUGUUUGAUUUUGCUUUGUACAUGCCUUACAAGUUACUUACACAGGUACAUUGUAUGUAUUAGUGCUAAUAGAUGUAUCCCUAAAAUUAAGUGUUACCAGUUUUCUUUACCAAAUCUGGGCAUAAUGAUACAGCCUUUGUACAGUAACUAACCACUAACAACAUGUAUCUAAACUUCUAUUUUUACUCAGGGAAAGUGAACUGUGUUAAUUACUACCCCUCUGUCCCUGUUCAUGUUAGGCUAUGCUAUAUCAAACAAUAUCAACAGAGAGGUAACGGAGAAAUGCUUUAUAUGCUUUAAAAACAUGCCAAACAUUUCUAAAAGCUUUCUAUUUUACUUUUUAUUGCUAGCCACGUUUUGCUUUCCUAACCAUGGCUCUUAAAGUAAGACUUUGCAGCUCGGUUCUUGAGCAUCUGUUGAUAAAUGUACGUCUAUGCGGUUGAAGUUGUUUUAUUGUCAAGUGCCUCAUUACAUAAGUAGUUUUGUUGAAUGUGUCAAUGUUUUUAGAUUUCCGUAGAAAGUGCAUUUUCUUCAUUUAUUAUUUAUAAUUUUAUUUUCAGUUGUGCCAUUUUUUUAUAAUAAAGUUUACCAAAU